GCUGCUGCUGCACACCGGAGGACAAACCCACGCUUUCAUUCUCUACCUCCCUCCAUCUCUCCCUCUCUCUCCCUCUGUUUCUGUCUGUCGCUGCAGCGCCGUCUGCUCCACCUUUUCAUUGUGCCGGUUCUCCAUGCGAGGAGUGUGUGUGUGUGAGAGUGUGUGUGUGUGUGUGUGUUUUAACGGAGGAUGGGUGGAGGACUCCUGAGCGGAGGGAAGGUGUGAUCACUGAAGACAGAUGGAUGGAUGGAUGGAGAGAAAACAGAAGCGUGAUGAUGCCACCGUCGCCGCGGUGCGUCUGCUGAGCCAGCGACUUCUGCCUCCACACUGCUGAAACACAGAGAGAGAGAGAGAGAGACACUCUGCAGUUCAUGUCCUGUGUCUCUCGCCCUCUCCAUCCUGCGCUGUCUCGGGAGAGUGAAGAAGAAGCGUGAGUCUUCCUCUCUCAGCUGAAACUGGGAUUAUUUCUCUACGAGGUCAGAUGCUGUUGUGCUUUUGAAACUCAGGUUUAUAUAAUUUGAGAUUAGUUCAUCCUCUGAGAAACUCAUUGAUUCAUCUGUAAACUGAAGUUUAUUCUUCUGGACGCAACUUAAUCCUGUUGGAACCUGAACCCGAGCUUCUCUCUGCUCAUCUGUUCCGACUGAACAUCUAGACUCGGUCCUGCAGAAACCCGAGCUUCUCGCUCUGGUUUCCUGUCGCACGUUCACCUGGAACCUGGUUGAUCAGUCGGGAAUCCUGAUAUUUUCUUGCGUGGGAGGGGGGGGCGUCUCCUCGAUGCCUCGUCUCGUCUGAAUAACCCACAAUCCUCUUUGGAGUUUCAUCAUGGAGCUUCAGAGCGCCACCGCCGCCGGCCUCCCCGGCCCCCUGUCCCCCGGCCCGCUCUCCCCAGCCUCAGACUACGCCGGCCCCUUGUCGCCGUCGUCGGGCGGGCCCGGCCCGUCCCACCCCGCCAGCCCCGGCCUGGGUCCGAGCCCGAGCCUCAGCCCCGGCCCCGGAUUCUCCGGGCAGGCCGCCUUCAACUACAACCAGCUGGAGGGGAGGUUCAAACAGCUUCAAGAUGAGCGCGAGGCGGUGCAGAAGAAGACCUUUACCAAGUGGGUGAACUCCCACCUGUCCAGAGUGUCCUGCCGCAUCACAGACCUCUACAUGGACCUGAGGGACGGACGCAUGCUCAUCAAGCUGCUGGAGGUCCUAUCAGGAGAGAGACUGCCCAAACCCACCAAGGGCCGGAUGCGGAUCCACUGUCUGGAGAACGUGGACAAGGCUCUGCAGUUCCUCAAGGAGCAGAGGGUCCACCUGGAGAACAUGGGCUCCCAUGACAUCGUGGACGGAAACCACCGCCUCACCCUGGGCCUCAUCUGGACCAUCAUCCUCCGCUUCCAGAUCCAGGACAUCAGCGUGGAGACGGAGGACAACAAGGAGAAGAAGUCGGCUAAAGACGCUCUGCUGCUCUGGUGUCAGAUGAAGACUGCAGGGUAUCCAAACGUCAACAUCCACAACUUCACCACCAGCUGGAGAGACGGGAUGGCCUUCAACGCUCUCAUCCACAAACACAGACCGGACCUGAUCGACUUUGACAAGCUGAAGAAAUCAAACGCUCACUACAACCUGCAGAACGCCUUCAACCUGGCCGAGCAACACCUGGGCCUCACCAAGCUGCUGGACCCCGAGGACAUCAGCGUGGACCACCCUGAUGAGAAGUCCAUCAUCACCUACGUCGUGACCUACUACCACUACUUCUCCAAGAUGAAGGCUCUGAAGGUCGAGGGGAAGAGAAUCGGAAAGGUUCUGGACAACGCCAUCGAGACGGAGAAGAUGAUCGAGAAGUACGAGUCUCUGGCGUCCGACCUGCUGGAGUGGAUCGAACAGACCAUCAUCAUCCUCAACAACAGGAAGUUCGCCAACUCUCUGGUGGGAGUCCAGCAGCAGCUGCAGGCCUUCAACACGUACCGCACCGUGGAGAAACCACCAAAGUUCACAGAGAAAGGAAACCUGGAGGUUCUUCUGUUCACCAUCCAGAGCAAGAUGAGAGCGAACAACCAGAAAGUUUACACUCCUCGCGAAGGAAAACUCAUCUCUGACAUCAACAAGGCGUGGGAGCGUCUGGAGAAGGCGGAGCACGAGCGGGAGCUGGCUCUAAGGACGGAGCUGAUUCGUCAAGAGAAGCUGGAGCAGCUCGCCCGACGCUUCGACCGCAAAGCCGCCAUGAGGGAGACGUGGCUGAGUGAGAACCAGAGGCUCGUCUCCCAGGAUAACUUUGGAUUCGACCUCCAGGCUGUUGAAGCUGCCACUAAGAAACACGAGGCCAUAGAAACAGACAUCGCAGCCUACGAGGAGCGAGUUCAGGCGGUGGUUUCCGUGGCGAAGGAGCUGGAAGCGGAGAGUUACCAUGACAUCAAACGCAUCACGGCCAGGAAGGACAACGUGAUCCGGCUGUGGGAGUACCUGCUGGAGCUGCUGAAGGCCCGCCGGCAGAGACUGGAGAUGAACCUGGGCCUGCAGAGAGUCUUCCAGGAGAUGCUCUACAUCAUGGACUGGAUGGACGAGAUGAAGAUGCUGCUGCUCUCUCAGGAUUAUGGGAAACACCUGCUGGGUGUGGAGGACCUUCUGCAGAAACACGCUCUGGUGGAGGCCGACAUCGCCAUCCAGGCCGACCGAGUCCGAAACGUCAACAGCAACGCGCAGAAGUUCGCCAACGACUCCGAGGGUUAUAAGCCCUGUGACCCACAGAUCAUCAGGGACCGAGUCGCUCACAUGGAGUUCUGUUACCAGGAGCUGACCCAGCUCGCGGCUGAGCGGCGAGCUCGCCUGGAGGAGUCCCGUCGCCUCUGGAAGUUCUUCUGGGAAAUGGCAGAAGAGGAGGGUUGGAUCAGGGAGAAGGAGCAGAUCCUGUCCUCCGAGGAUUAUGGGAAGGAUCUGACGGGCGCGUUGCGACUGCUGAGUCAGCACAAAGCCUUCGAGGAUGAGAUGAGUGGGCGAGCUGCUCAUUUACAGCAGACCAUCAAACAGGGCGACGAGCUGGUGGCCGACAACCACUUUGGAGCCGACAAGAUCAAAGAACGGAUCCAGGACAUCCAGGAGCAGUGGGCGGCUCUGGAGCGUCUCUCUGCCGUCCGUAAAGCUCGUUUGCAGGAGGCCUGCAACCAGCACCAGUUCCAGGCUGACGCCGAUGACAUCGACACAUGGAUGCUGGACGUGCUGCGGAUCGUCUCCAGCGUCGACGUCGGCCACGACGAGUUCUCCACUCAGGCUCUGGUGAAGAAGCACAAGGACGUCGCCGAGGAGAUCGGCAGCUACCGGCCCGUCAUCGAGGCUCUGCACGAACAGUCCCGCACGCUGCCGCCCGAGAAGGCCAACUCUGAGGAGGUUCAGAGCCGGCUGGCGGGCAUCGAGGAGCGCUACAAGGAGGUGGCGGAGCUGACGCGUCUCAGGAAGCAGGCGCUGCAGGACGCUCUGGCGCUCUACAAGAUACUGAGCGAAGCCAGGGCCUGCGAGGUGUGGAUCGACGAGAAGGAGCAGUGGCUCAACAGCAUGGAGAUCCCCGAGAAACUGGAGGACCUGGAAGUGGUCCAGCACCGGUUCGAGAGUCUGGAGCCGGAGAUGAACAACCAGGCGUCACGGGUCGCUGUGGUGAACCAGGUUGCCAGGCAACUGAUCCACAGUGGACAUCCCAGUGAGAAGGAGAUUAAAGCUCAGCAGGACAAACUGAACACCAGGUGGAGUCAGUUCAGAGACCUGGUGGACCAGAAGAAGGACAGUCUGAACUCGGCUCUGGGCGUCCAGAACUACCACCUGGAGUGCAACGAGACCAAGUCCUGGAUCAAAGAGAAGACCAAGGUGAUCGAGUCCACCCAGGAGCUGGGGAACGACCUGGCCGGCGUCAUGGCUCUGCAGAGGAAGCUGACUGGGAUGGAGCGCGACCUGGCCGCCAUCGAAGACAAGCUGGGCGACCUGGGGAAAGAGGCGGACCGCCUGUCCUCCGAGCACACGGAGCAGUCUGAGGCCAUCAAGGGACGUCUGGCUGAGAUCACCAGCGUCUGGGACGAGAUGAAGGACACCAUGAAGAACCGGGAGGAGUCCCUCGGCGAGGCCAGCAAGCUGCAGCAGUUCCUGCGCGACCUGGACGACUUCCAGUCGUGGCUGUCGCGCACGCAGACGGCCAUCGCCUCCGAGGACAUGCCCAACACGCUGGCCGAGGCCGAGAAGCUGCUGGCCCAGCACGAGGGCAUCAAGAACGAGAUCCGCAACUACGAGGAGGACUACCAGAAGAUGCGGGACAUGGGCGAGAUGGUGACGCAGGGUCAGACGGACGCCCAGUACAUGUUCCUGCGGCAGCGGCUGCAGGCGCUCGACACCGGCUGGAACGAGCUGCACAAGAUGUGGGAGAACCGACAGAACCUGCUGUCCCAGUCCCACGCUUACCAGAUGUUCCUCAGGGACACCAAGCAGGCCGAGGCCUUCCUCAACAACCAGGAGUACGUCCUGGCUCACACCGAGAUGCCCACCACUCUGGAGGCGGCCGAGGCCGCCAUCAAGAAGCAGGAGGACUUCAUGACCACCAUGGACGCCAACGAGGAGAAGAUCAGCGGCGUGGUGGACACAGGGCGCCGCCUGGUCGCUGACGGCAACAUCAACGCCGAGCGCAUCCAGGAGAAGGUGGACUCCAUCGACCAAAGACACAAGAAGAACCGAGCUGCUGCCAGUGACCUGCUGAUGAGGCUGAAGGACAACAGAGACCUGCAGAAGUUCCUGCAGGACUGCCAGGAGCUGUCCCUGUGGAUCAACGAGAAGAUGCUGACGGCCCAGGACAUGUCGUACGACGAGGCCAGAAACCUCCACAGCAAGUGGCUCAAACACCAGGCCUUCAUGGCCGAGCUGCAGUCCAACAAGGAGUGGCUGGACAAAAUCGACAAGGAUGGGCAGACGCUGAUGGCAGAGAAGCCAGAGACGGAGGCCAUGGUUAAAGAGAAGCUGGCGUCCCUGAAGACCAUGUGGGAGGACCUGGAGUCGACCACCCAGACCAAGGCCAAGUGUCUGUUUGACGCCAACAAGGCCGAGCUGUUCACCCAGAGCUGCGCCGACCUGGACAAGUGGCUGGCCGGCAUGGACGGACAGUUGCAGUCCGACGACUACGGCAAAGACCUGACCUCCGUGAACAUCCUGCUCAAGAAGCAGCAGAUCCUGGAGAGCCAGGUGGAGGUGCGUCAGAAGGAGGUGGAGGAGCUGCAGAGCCAGUCGCAGGCCCUCAGCCAGGAGGGGAAAGGCUCCGAGGAGGUGGACGGCCAGAGGAUCAGCGUGGAGAGGAAGUUCCAGUCCCUCCAGGCGCCGCUGCAGAAGAGACGACACAACCUCAUGGCCUCCCGGGAGAUCCACCAGUUCAACAGGGACGUGGAGGACGAGAUCCUCUGGGUUGAGGAGAGGAUGGCUCUGGCCACAUCAACCGACCACGGACACAACCUGCAGACUGUACAGCUGCUCAUCAAGAAGAACCAGACCCUGCAGAAGGAAAUCCAGGGCCAUCAGCCUCGCUUCGACGACAUCUUCGAGCGCAGUCAGCACAUCCUGAGGGAGGACAGCCCGACGUCCGACCUGAUUCGCCAGCGGCUCGACGAGCUCCAGUCACUAUGGGAACAGAUCAGGAAGGAGACGGAGAAGCGUCACAGCCGGCUCAGCGAGGCCCACGAGGCCCAGCAGUACUACUUCGACGCCGCCGAGGCCGAGGCCUGGAUGAGCGAACAGGAGCUGUACAUGAUGUCAGAGGAGAAGGCCAAGGACGAGCAGAGUUCGGUGGCCAUGCUGAAGAAGCAUCAGAUCCUGGAGCAGGCGGUGGAGGAUUACGCCGACACUGUCCACCAGCUGUCCAGCACCAGCCGGGGCCUGGUGGCCGCUGGACACCCUGACAGCGAGCGAAUCGGGAUGCGUCAGUCUCAGGUGGACAAGCUGUACGCCGGCCUGAAGGAUCUGUCGGAGGAGCGUCGAGGGAAACUGGACGAGCGUUUCCGUCUCUUCCAGCUCAACAGAGAGGUGGACGACCUGGAGCAGUGGAUCGCUGAGAGGGAGGUGGUGGCCGGAUCCCACGAGCUGGGACAGGACUACGAGCACGUCACUAUGCUGCAGGAGCGCUUCAGAGAAUUUGCCCGUGACACCGGGAACAUCGGUCAGGAGCGCGUGGACGGCGUCAACCGUCUGGCGGACGAGUUGAUCAACACCGGCCACGGCGACGCCGCCACCAUCGCGGAGUGGAAGGACGGCCUGAACGAGGCCUGGGCCGACCUGCUGGAGCUCAUCGACACCCGGACGCAGAUCCUCGCCGCCUCCUACGAGCUCCACAAGUUCUACCACGACGCCAAGGAGAUCCUCAACCGCAUCUUGGACAAACACAAGAAGCUUCCCGAGGAGCUGGGCCGGGACCAGAACACAGUGGAGACCCUACAGAGGAUGCACACCACCUUCGAGCACGACAUCCAGGCUCUGGGAACACAGGUGCGGCAGCUUCAGGAGGACGCCGUCCGUCUGCAGUCGGCUUACGCUGGAGACAAAGCCGACGACAUCCAGAAGAGAGAGGGAGAGGUCCUGGACGCCUGGAAGAACCUGCUGGAGGCGGUGGAGGGCCGGCGGCUGAAGCUGGUCGACACCGGAGACAAGUUCCGCUUCUUCAGCAUGGUGCGGGACCUGAUGCUGUGGAUGGAGGACGUCAUCCGCCUGAUCGAGGCCCAGGAGAAGCCCAGGGACGUGUCGUCGGUGGAGCUGCUGAUGAACAACCACCAGGGCAUCAAGGCAGAGAUCGACGCCCGCAACGACAGCUUCACCUCCUGCAUCGAGCUGGGCAAAGCCCUGCUGGCCAGGAAGCACUACGCUUCAGAGGAGAUUAAAGAAAAGUUGCUACAGUUGACGGACAAGAGGAAAGAUAUGAUUGACAGGUGGGAGGACAGAUGGGAGUGGCUAAGACUGGUCCUGGAGGUGCACCAGUUCUCCCGGGACGCGGGCGUGGCCGAGGCGUGGCUGCUGGGUCAGGAGCCGUACCUGUCCAGCAGCCUGAUUGGCCAGAGCGUGGACGAGGUGGAGAAACUCAUCAAACGCCACGAGGCCUUCGAGAAGUCGGCCGCCACCUGGGAGGAACGCUUCGCCGCGCUGGAGAGGCUGACCACGAUGGAGUUACUGGAAGUGAGAAGAAGGCAAGAGGAAGAAGAGAAGAGGAGACAACCCACGCCCACUGAGGCUCAGCCCGUCGACGCUGCCGCACAGCAAAAGGAGGGAGAGCCGGUGUCUCAGAACGGGCUGCCGUCCGACCAGGAGUCCCCCAGGGAGAACGUCGAAGGGGGCGAGGUGGUGAACGGGGUGUCGGAGCCCAGCCCCGCGGGGUCUCCCGGGGCGUCCCGCAAGGGCAAGCCCAGCCAGGCGGCGACUCUGCCGGCCAAAAGCCAGCAGGACGUUUCCACGUCCCAGCUGGAGGGCUUCCUGCACCGCAAACACGAGUGGGAGGGGCAUAACAAGAAGGCUUCAAGCAGGUCGUGGCACAACGUGUACUGUGUGAUCAACCAGCAGGAGAUGGGUUUCUACAAGGAUCAGAAGAGCGCCAGUCAGGGAAUCCCCUACCACAGCGAGAUCCCCAUCAGCCUGAAGGACGCCGUCUGCGAGGUGGCGCUGGACUACAAGAAGAAGAAGCACGUCUUCAAGCUCAAGAUUACUGACGGGAACGAGUAUCUCUUCCAAGCCAAAGAUGACGAGGAGAUGAACACGUGGAUCUCAGCCAUCUCGUCCGCCGUGGCGGGAGAGAGGUCGGAGGUCACGCCCAGCAGCCAUAGCACGCCCGCCCCCGCCGCACGCGCUCAGACGCUGCCGGCGUCCGUCGCCUCGGUGACGGCCGAGUCCAGCCCGGGCAAACGGGAGAAGGACAAGGAGAAACGCUUCAGUCUGUUCAGCAAGAAGAAAUAGACGCUCCUCCUUCCUCCUCUUCCUCCUCCUCCUCUUCCUCUCUCCUCUGGUGCUGUUUGGGGUCGCUCCUCCUCAUUGAUCGAUCUUUGGUCAAUUAUCUGUUGAAGAUGUUCAUGUCAGCUGAUCGAGUUUUUGAUUUAGAGCAACUGAUGCGUCAUAACUAAGAAUUAAUAGAAUAAAAUGUAAAAAAAUAAUUUACGUCUAAAGAAAUUAAAUCAAACGACGUCACAGUGUUUAACAUCAUAUAACAAAGAAAACACUUUUUAUCAACGUUUGUUUCUGUUCUUUCAGCAGCAGUUUCAACAUUAGCAGUUGCUUUGUAUAAAUAUAAUCCCAAACAGCCACUCUUCUUCCUCUUCUUCCUCUUCUUCUUCCUCCUCUUCCUCCUCUUCCUCUUCCUCCUUUCUUCCUCCUCUUCCUCUCAAGGCGUGACUCCAGCAUGCAAGCUCCGAGCCAAAACUCUCCACUCUGUGCCUAUCAACCGUCCGGUCCGGCUCAGAGCUCCAGUCCAGCGCCAACACACACACACACACACACACACACACACACACACACACACACACACACCUCUGUGUCCUCGCUUCAGUUUUGAGAGAUACGGAGCAGGAAACCAAUAAAACCAGAUCUGAGUGAAGGAAAAGAUGGGGGGGGGGGGGGGGGUGUUUGUGCAAAAGCUUCAGGCAGCUGCUGUCAUUAAAAUCAAACCAGAGUUUGCCGCUGAACAACAACAACAACAACAACAACACGACGGCGAGGAGUUCCCAGAAUAUUCCACUUUAUUAUUCUUAUUGAUAUUAUUUGUGUUUUCUAUCUUUUCCUCAUCACCCCGGCUUCUUCGUCGACUACUGCCUUCUGUGGGUUGUGUUUACGCCCCCCAGCGUCUCAGCUGUUUGUUUGUUUGUUUGUUUUUUCUUCUGUUGUUGUUGUUUUUUUUUUUGGGGGGGGGGGGGGGGGGGAGUUGUAGGUAGUUCCUGUUCGGCUCCAUCCUCAGUUUUUUGCGAGGCCUUGUCUUUGCAAGAUGACGUGUAUCCCUCUGUAGCGGGGAAAACUGAGACCACGGCGGGGUAAAGCUCUGAAGCCGCCGCCACGCAUCACGGCGGGAAAACACACAAUCAACAAACCAUCACCCUGAGCUGAAUGGCAUUUUUCUGCACUGAAUAAUAAGUUAAUUAACUGUAAUUAGUCAGUGAGACAUAGAUAAUCACAGUGGUGUUCUGUUAAAUCUCGGUGCUGUCUAAUUCCUGCAGCACCACAGGAAGUGGCCGUGCUUCGGAGCGUUACCCUGCAGUGCUUUGAACUGUAUGUAUAACUUGUGUAUAACAAACUGUUAAAAAUAAACCUGUGUUUAAUUUCACCUAUUAAUAAUAAUAAUAUUACUACUAAUAAUAAGACCUACGACCGUAAUAAGCUUCAUUUGAGUAUAACUUUCUGUACCUGAGAACUUAACGACAUGUAAACUUAACACACCUGAAUGAAGGAGCUCGACGGGGGAAUAAAUAACUGACCAGUGAGAAUGUUUCUUAACUCAUCACUAAGGUUUAUUUUCUACUCUCUUUACAUUUUGAAUCAUUGACUUCGGCCCUUUUAGUUACUCGGUCUGUUUCUGUAUCGUUUGUUCCACAGUUAAGAAACGUCGAAGGUGGAUUUAGUGCGACGAGCGCGGAGACGUAGAUGUGCUUUAAAAUACUGUUGCUGUAACAAGUCGGCUCUAAAAGAAAGAAAGAAAAAAAAAAAAGCAUUUACUGGAAGUGAGUAGUGUUGCAGAAUAACAGUCGCUUGCUUGUUGGCUUCAGCAUCCCUUUGUUUUAUUGUUUUAAGAUUUACUGCCAGUGACCUCAGAGUGAAAGAUUUUCUCUACGGAGGAUUUUUAGUGACAAAAUUAAAAGCGACUCGAGAGAUUUACAAACAAGACGUGUGUCAGUGUGCUGGGAUCAUAUGAUGUUCACAGUUUUCCUGACGCAUGUUUUUCUUUAAUUUGCAUGAUUCCAAAACUUUAAAACUCCUUAAUUCUGAUGUUUGACCCCGUAGAUCCCCAUAAGAUAUCCAUUUAAAGGUCGGCAGGUAUGGGGGGUUGAAGGUGCCACCGUGCACGCAAAAACCCACAAACGCUCCAAUUAAAUAAAUAAAUAAAUAAUUAAAGUUUUCUGACCUGGACGAUCAGCUCAUACCUGUCUGGAGUGGGCGUGGUCUUUACCUUUAGAAGCAUGUUUCCAUAUUUUGCUGCCAAAGCAGAAAAAGGUGAGUUUAGAGUUGAUUUUUUUUUUUUUUUUUU